AUGGCUCUCAAUGGCCAUGGAACCGGCCACUCUAUCAACACAAACUUCCCCUCUCCCUCCGCUGCUCCUCCCCGAACAUUCUCCAUCGAGGGCUUCCGAGUCAUGACCCAGAAGUUGCCCAUCCUGAAGGCCAGGCCCAUCGAAGAAAUGACCGAGAAACUCGGAAUAGCUCCUCCGGAAAUGAUCUUCGGCGACAACUUCGUGUCUAUUGAACACCCGUCCUCUGGUUGGGGAAUCAAAUUCGAUGCUUUCGGGGCUUUGGACCGGGUUGACAAGACAGGAGAGAAGAGAUUGAAGGUGGCCUAUUCAAAAGAAUGGCAGCAGAGCAGAGAGGACACGCAUGAUAUCAAAGAGGUGGUCAAGCCGUUUGACUGGUCCUACACAACUGACUACAAGGGAGAGCUAGCACCUGAAAGUCCUCCAUUCAAAGAGUCCACGGAGCAGAUCCCGCUAGAGUUGUUGAAGAGACCAGAUCCCAUUCUGUUCUUCGACGAUGUCAUCCUCUACGAAGACGAGCUGGCCGACAAUGGCAUCGCAAUGCUCUCCUGUAAGAUCCGAGUCAUGCCUGCACGGUUACUCCUUCUCUGUCGUUUUUUCAUGAGACUUGACAAUGUGGUGCUGAGGGUGCGGGAUACCCGGGUCUACAUCGACUUCGAGAAGAAGGAAGUAAUUCGAGAAUACGUUGAGAAGGAGAAGGCAUACGACAAGGUGCGCGACGAAUUGGCGGGCAGAAGAGAUGAUGUCGCUGCUGUUCUGAGAGACGCCAAUCAGGUCGCCAAUCUCCUGCCAGUCGUUGGAAAAACCCUCGAACAAGUUGAGUUGACCAAGUGA